AUGCAUUGCAUUAGGAGCUCAAUCCUGCAACACUUGAGAAUUCGAGUCUCUGCCAGACCGGUUUUGCUCCUUGAGAAGGAGAAUGUUUUCAAGAAUGUUGUUAUUGGUAAAAUGAAUUUCACAUCAGGAGAUGGAAGCCAAGAUCAAAUCUUGAGUAAGGUUAUUGAACUGGUGAAGAAGUACGACAAAACCAAUGCCUCUAAGGUUACUGAAAGAGCUGAUUUCCAGAAGGAUUUGUCGCUGGACAGCUUAGACAGGGUGGAGAUAGUGAUGGCUAUUGAAGAAGAGUUUUCGAUUGAGAUCCCUGAAGAAAAAGUAGAUAAGCUUACUUCUUGUGGUGAUAUUGCAACCUACAUCAUCUCUGAAACUCAACCCAAAGCGCCAGAGUCCUGA